AAGCCCACGCUGACACGCACAGUCUCGCCGCUCGAUGUAGUCGAGCAACCUAAGAAAAGAAAGUAUUUAGACAUGAACUGCUCUGCCACGAGGAACCUAUGCACUCCGACAGAAGCAUCUUCUGAACAGGGAAACAUUUUCACCGAUAUUUUCACAGUACACUCCACAAGCAAAAGCGUGGUGGGCGGGAUUUUUUGCCACUGUAGCUUACUUGAAGGAGGAGUUGGGACGGUGAAUGAAGAUUGUGUACAAAAUGUGCUUCUUAAUUUCAGAACUUUGAUCCAUAUUUGCCUGAGAAGAUCAAUUCAUUUUUGCCGAAAUCAUCAGGAAUCAAAAGUGAGACCACUGAAUGAGUGCAUUGAACUAAGCUUCUGGACUUAUGGAAAACGCAAGUUUCUUAGCUAUAUGUUGCUACUUCUGAAUGCCAUAAAAAAGAAGUUUAAAGGUAACCGCAUGUAUAAAAUAAAAUAAUUUUUUGACCUGUGGAAAAAAAAAAAUAUGCCUGUGCUUUUUGACACAAACAAUGACACUUGCCAUCACAGGAAAUUUAUCGAACCCUCGAGCCCGACAAUCAGCGCACUGAUGUUUUCAGCUGGAGUAAUCGGAAAUGUAAUCGCUUUGAUCCUGUUGGAAAUCCGUCGAAGAAAGGAUCUUAGUCGGCAGCGCUCGUCUCUCUUCCACGUGCUGGUGACCGCGCUGGUUGUUACGGACCUUAUGGGAACUUGUCUCAUUAGCCCGGUAGUUAUGGCAUCUUAUGCGACAAACAUGACAAUAAUAACUAUGGGUAAGAACAGUUCCGUGUGCGAGUAUUUUGGUGUUAGUAUGACUUUUUUUAGUUUGGCAACUUUGUCCAUACUUUUCGCCAUGGCAUUGGAGCGAUGCUUUUCCAUAGGAUGCCCGUACUUUUACGGGCGGCAUAUCACCAAACGUGUAGGAUAUGUCUCCAUUCCCUUCAUUUACCUGCUUUGCGUAGUCUUCUGUCUUUUGCCGUUCCUUGGUUUCGGGGAUUACGUACAAUACUGCCCGGGAACGUGGUGUUUCAUUGACAUGAACCCACACAAGCUCGAGGACAAAGUGUACGCCAACGCUUAUGCCACUUUGAUGCUUGCGAUCGUCACCUCCGUCGUGAUUUGUAACGCGUUCGUGAUCUACCACCUGGUCCAAAUGUACCGGAGGCGCAAAAUGAACCGAGGAUCUACCAGGGGGAGAAAGGACCGAAGGCAUUACUCCAUGGCUGAAGAGGUCGAGCACCUUAUUCUGCUGGUCUUCAUGACAGUGGCGUUCGUGAUUUGCUCCCUUCCACUAAUGAUUCGCGUGUACAUCAACUCCACGGGGAAAAGGGUCGAGAGCCACAACACCGACCUCAUCGCCCUGCGCUUCCUGUCAAUCAACUCCAUCAUCAACCCCUGGGUCUUCAUCAUCCUCAGCCCGUCUGUCCUGCGCUUCCUCUGGGGGGCGCUGUGCAAAAAUUCGGCCCUGCCCUACAGGGGGGUCGUGUUCGGCUCCACCCUGGGGAAGGAGGUGAACACCCUGAACGAUCUCUGCCACCACAAGGCCUCCACAGAGAUCACAAAGCUUCAGGGCUCGGGAGAGAUGGUGUAGGUCUGGCCCAGUCACGCUACCAACUGAAAACAGGCCCCACUAAGAGGUCUCUUAGGACACAGAGCAUCAGCAAGAGUCUGCCCCGUGGUUUAGGUCUGGGUCAGGCUCCGUCGUGCUACUGCAGUGAGAAUCAGCAGGAAUAAAACCAGUGGUUUCCUACAUGUUUUUCGCUAAGUAUAGACCGGCAGGGAAAUGUGAUUUGCUUACUUAACAAAAUGGCUAGCCCAUUUAGGACUGCCCAAGGCACUGUUUGACUUCGACACACACCACGGGGAAUAAGCCGUCAGGGAGAAGGCAGAUGUUCCACCAGGGCCCAUAGACGUGUUUUGAUGGUAACAGUAGUGAGAUCAUUUUCUAGUCAUAACAUUUCAUAAAUGGGAAAAUCCAUGUGGGGAUUCACGUUUUUUUUUUUUUUUUUAGCGUAGAUUUUACUUGAAACUGUUACAGAUGGGAGGAAUACAUGAGUUGUUUUAUGGGCACUAGUCUAUUGCAGGCAGGAAGCAGGAGGGCUCUAUGGACUCACUGUGUUGGGACAAGCCUUUCCAUGUAGAUGGGUAGAAUGGAAUUAAACGGAUAGCACUCCUCUCUACAGCCUACACAGACACACCUCUGUGUUCUCUCUCUGUAUUUGAAACGCUUGCCUUGGGGCUUCUGCGGCUUUAGCCGUGUGCACCGUCGUGCCUGCCAGGUUCUCUUUUUUUAUCGCUACCGGAGUUUCCCCGGUACCGAGAAUGCAGUGGUGAGGGAGUUUUCUCCCGGUUCACUGACCAAGAAGUGGGCGUCUCGUAGGAUGACUUCGCGGUGAUGGUGCAGAUCUAGCCUGCACUUGCCCGCGAUUUCCAGCAGCGACGAACAUUCUCGUUGGAUUUAGAUUCAAAACACUUGUCAUAUACGUCCAAGUACCUCUGACUUGUCUUCAGAAUUGAAAUGAUAAUGCAUAACAUACGACUGUGGAUUAAACUGAAUUUUAAAAAUCUGCCGAGUGACAGAUUUUUUUUCUGUUGAUUUAUUAAAAACGGAGUGCACUGAAAAUAUGUGACGUUACGAAACUGUUCUGGCAAACUUUCGUUUGUUGAUGUUUUGUACGCUGUGCUUUUUUGUAUGGAGUGCCAUGUUAAAUUAUUUUAUGAUGUAACUACGUAACGUCUAGUAACCUUGCUCUGUAAUUCAACCUGAAUCAGGAAUGAAUAGGCUAAUAUUAAUGAGGAACAAAUAUAUUGAUUAUAUGUAAUAUUAAGGUAAUAUACUCUGUGAGAUUAACCGUUAUGAUCUUUAUUAACUGUUAUGAUCGUAAUUAUGUACUGUAUUUCUCAACUAUUUAUUUGCACUGAUCUAUGAAAAAAUGUAAAACGUGUGUGUAUGUGUGUGUGUGCAUUAUCCAUGUUAUCGCAUAUGGCAAACCACCUCAUGACUUCCAAAUUAGCCUACUCUUCGUCGAUGUCAAUGCAGGUUCCAUUUCGCACUGCAAUGCAGAAUUGAUUACUGAAAAACAUUGUAUUCAUGCUCUGGAUGUUGCCUUAAGCGUAAUCCGUUUUCAAGUAAGCAUGUCGUCGUUGCCUGGCUUCAACUUAAACAUUAACGUAAAUCUUUAGGAGGAACCUCAUUGGUGAGGACAGAAAAUGGCGGUUAAGGGAGAGUUACGGUGGGAACUCAGGACUGCAGACAGAGCGCCACAAUUAGCGUCUGUUAUGAUAAGGCCUCGUACACAAGGAGGAACCUUAUUUAAACGUGCUCACUGGGGAAUUUGGGAGUGACACACUCAGUUCAAUGUAGCCUCCCUUGUCCGAGAUGGCAUGUUGUUAACAGCAACUGAUAAAGCCUUCCGGCUGUUGCUGAAAUGAAAUGCCAAGUUCAGACAUACAGUCUAUGAUUUCCCAACUUGCAUAUCUAUAUUAGUCUUAAAAAUAAAAUAUCAACAGUAGGCUAUAAAGUUGAAAGUCAGUCAAAGUCAUUGUUCAGGCAUGGCUCAGAUAUGUCCUCAACAUUAAUUUGAAUAAAAACGCCAUACACUCAGAUGUCCUUGAACAAGGCAUGUUUAAACAUUGUGCAUUCUCUCACCGAAGACUAUAAGUUACACAACACAGCCCACAAAAAUGUCUGAUCAAAAGCCAGUACAUUUUGCGAGAAAUUUAUUUAAGCUUGGCGUUUCCAAAAGUCUCGCCAGGUUUACUAUACAUGCCAGGAGAAAGUAAACUAGGAAAGCUUGGUACCGUAUAUCUUGUCAAUUUACGUGAGAAAUGCCAAACCCGUUCUCUUUAUUCUCACCCCAUCAUUCUGAUUUCACAAUCCAUCAUCCAAAAGCUGCCAAAGCUGGAUUUAUUUCAAAGCUUGGCCUCACCUGAACAGAAGACACUAACGUGCAAGGAUUUGAUUUUGUAGAGUGAUGGAGCUGGACAGGAUUCAACUGCAAAAAUCAGGGGGAGGAGCGUUAUUUCAUAACUUAAUCUCAUUGGCAGGGGCAGCAGUGCAUCAUAGUGAGACUCGACUGAUUGGUUGUCAAAUUUUCGAAGAUCCAUAAUUUCCUAAUGGCACAUUUUUGUCGUAAUGUGUUCCACGAUUUAUACGCUUAUUGUUGCUUGACAUAUGUGUGUAUGCUGUACUACAUGAGAAUGUGAAGCCCAGGUCUGAAUUUCAUUCAGAAAUCUAUAUCAUAAUACAAGAGGUUUGAAAAUAGUGCUAUGGUAGUAUACAUGCCUGUUUUAUCGUGUUUAUUUUUUUAUGAAUAGUUUACCAAUGAAUGAUUGAUGUCAAAAUGUUCAAUGUAGCUUUUGUAUGGAGCUGUAGCCUUAAUACCACUUUAAAAUGGAUGGUUAUGAAAUAUAUAUGAUAAAUACUUGUCCGUCUGUCUU